ACGUUUAUAUUAAUAACAUUUCUGUGUUAAUUUGAUUAAUCAAUGUUAAUUAGUUUAGGAAGACAAACUGACAGAAAAUGUUGAUUGAUAGAUAACUGCUUUCUUUGGUGUAACGUUAUGGAAUGACGUAAAAAGUUCACAAACUUGGAAUCUUCCCAAACAGUGCAGUAGUAAAGUUGCUUCUGUGCACUAAAAAUGAACACAGUGUUUCGAUAAAUGGCCUAAAUUUUUAUUCUUCCUUCUGCUAGUGCUGAGUUUCGAAGUGCCACUAGUGGUAGCUUCGCGGUUAACGGUAAGAAACUUACCGGUAUAAUCACAGGAAAUAUUGAUAAUUGUUAUUAUUCGUAACAUGUCUGAUAUGGAAGCAGAACUGAUGUGUGGAGUGUGUUUAGAAUAUUUUGACAAACCUCUAAUGUUGCCAUGUACUCAUAAUUUCUGUAGGAAAUGUAUAGAGGGGAUACUCUCUGUGAAUAGUAGACCAAAUAUUUAUGGACAGCUACCAAGACAUCGUCUGAAGUAUCACCUGGAUUGUCCAUUGUGUCAACGACCUAUUGAAUUAGAUCGUGGUGUUGAAUCUUUAACAGUAAAUAGAAUUCUGGAGAAUAUCAUUGCUCUUCACAGAAAAGACGAACCAUUAGCAUCUAAUGAUGCAGCAUGGAAACUUGAUUCUUCAGUUUCUGACAGUCCCUGUCUUCUGCACAAUUCUGAGCCGAUGUCAUUGUACUGUCUGACAUGUAACAGGGCUGUAUGUAGGUCAUGUGACUGUGUGACAGACAAAUCAUCAGGCACAAUUCAUAAAUGUGUCCCAAUCAAAGAACAAGCAGACCAAUAUCAGAUGAAAAUAUCUAAUGCCAUUUCUGAAAUAAAAAGAAAGGUUGUCCCAGUCCAUGAUGAAAUACAGCUGCUUCAGGAUAUGGUGGAACAAAUCAAGGCCAAUGAAGAAAGUAUUAAAAGCCAGCUCGAAGGUCAGAUUUCUGGACUAAUCCAGUCAUUAAAAGGUCAACAUCAAGAAUUACUACGCCAACUUCAGAAUGAUAUAAAAUCAAUUAAAAGACCAAUAGAUGAACAAUUAAGAAAACAUAAACAACUUAGUAAAACAGUGGAAGAUCAUCUGAAACGACUGAAUGGUAUAAAAACAGCUAAAGAUACAGGUCUUAGAAUUAAGUUAAUGAAGGAAUCAGAGAGACAGUUAAACAGUUUAUUAUGUUUUGAUAUGGUGAUGUUUAGUACCAAGGAUAUGCCAACAGUCGAUAUGCCUGUUUGGGAGAUAGACAAAGAAGGCACGUUACAAAGUAUACAGCAACUACAGUGGAAAAAGUCUGGUGGUACCAGGCCAGAUGAAAUUUCGUCAGGACCCUCAUCUACACAGUCAUCUCGACAGUCAUCACGAGAGGAUGAAUGCCUUUCGAGAACAACACAGUCAUCUAGACAGUCAUCCAGAGAAGAUGAUAACCAUCCUCAAACGUCACAGUCAUUCACACAGUCAUCCAGACAGUCAUCUAGAGACGAUGAUUGCCAUCCUCAAACAUCACAGUCAUUUAGACAGUCAUCAAGAGAAGACGAAUGCCUUUCUAAUACGACACAGUCAGUUAGACAGUCAUCCAGAGAAGGUGACCCUCAUCCACAAACCACACAGUCAUUUAGACAGUCAUCUGGAGAAAAUGAAUACCUUUCUAAUUCAGCACAGUCAUUAAGACAGUCAUCCAGAGAAAAUGAACGCCAUCCUCAAAUGUCACAGUCAUUUAGACAGUCAUCUAGAGAAGACCUUCCUAAAACUCCGCCAAUAUCUUUUACACAAUCACCUAGUUCUAUGACAUUUAAUGAAGGAACUGUCACCAGGUCAACUAUGACUAAAAAACAAAAACCAAGAUAUUUGGAUCCUAGUCAAAGAAGUCUUUCAGAACAGGACAAUAUUCAACCAAAUAUUGUAGUUCCUAAUAUUCCUCCUGUAUCAACUAAUACAUCUACAAAACCAACAUCAUCCACAUAUUCUCAACCAUCAUUUUCAAAUGUGUCGUCUGCUUCAUUUAGAAUAGCUCCUACUUCUGUUAGUAUAAACUCUGCCUCAAACUUUGUGCCUAUACCGAGAGGAGUUCGUGCUGCAUCAGAGCCUGUUGUCCCUGGAAAUGUAGUUUCAAGUUAUAAACAAAAUGUUAUCACACCAAAUCCAGUGACCACGACAUCUUGGUUUUCAUCUGCAGUCAUACCAUCAACUCCAACUGGUGAGCAGAAAAUGAUAACUGCACCUCCGUGUUCAUCUGAAGCUUCUCAAAGAUUUAUUCCUCCAUCACAAAGUAAAGUUUCUAAUGUUCAGCCAAGGACAACUACUACUUCCAUGCACAUACCGAAAUCUAACGUUGGUUUUGUUGUUCCUAAAGUAACGUCAGGGGCCGAUGCUGCAGGGUACUCGUCUCCUGGGCUAGAGACUUAUGAUAAUGUAUCUAAAGCUUUUCCUGUCCCAAGUACUGCAGAUUUUAUCCCUCAGUCUUCUUCUGUUGCCUCAGGGACAAAUACUGGCCUACCCAACCGAGGUCUUCCUAGGAAGCCGAAAGCAGAAUAUGGUAAUAAGAACAAUAACUCUGUUGUAAAUACUGCAACACUCAUGGCAAUGGUGUCGGACGAGGGAGAAGUAGGAGUGGAUACUAUAAUAAAGUCAAUGGAAACAGUCUGUCGAGGUGUCCGAGAUGAUACUAAUAUACCAUCAAAUACCAACAAUAUCCCCCCUCCCAACAAUGUAAAUGUUCGUGUAGAUAGGAGAUUUAGUACGGGAAAUGCCAAUCUUCCAACACAGUCAAAUUGUAAUUUUAGAACAGCAAAUCUGCCAACUAUAUCAGCUAGAGAUUUCUCUCCAGCAACACAGAAUAGAUCUAGUUCUCCAAAUUCUGGAGCUAGACGAACAGUUAGACCAAAGAAAAAAAUAUCUAGAUAACAUUGUAUUUUGAAUUUGUGAAUUAUUUUAAGAUUUAGAUUGCAUGCAAUAU